AUUUCUCAUUUCUCAUUUCUCACUUUUCGCUUCUCCCAUCUUGCACCCGUCACCUCAUGUAGCACUAGCAGCAAGUGAGGCUGAAGAGACGCAAGUGGCGUACAUUGACCAACAACGAGUUCCAUAAGCUCCAUCAAGGUCAUGGAACUCGGCUUGCCAAGCUGUGUCCGCCUUUAGACUGCAGGACCAAGAUACCAAGGAAGUUAAUGUCGAGCACCACACCACGUUGAGCGUUGAGGUAAUCCUUGAUUCUUCUCCUCCCUAGCUUCUAGGUUACCUUACCUUGCUAGUCAUUCCUAGUUUGCAUGAAAUCGAAUAUAGGUAGAGUCGAUCAUGCAAUAGUCGUAUAAACUUCACUUGACCUACAUCUACUCUGAGUAUACUACUCACAAACACGUACCUUACCUCGUAGCCCUAGAUUAUCUUUCAACGUCAUUAUUAUCUUACUGAUACCCAGGACACACGAAAUCCCACCUACCAAUACAGCCAUCAUGCAGCUCUCUGUAUUCUCCGCUAAGCCCUACGACAAGACAUACCUGACCACUGCGCGGGCGACAGAGCUCGACAGCUCCGCCGGCAUCGAAAUCAUCUAUCACGAAUUUCCCCUGUCGCUCGAGACCGUUUCUCUUGCCAAGGGCGCUGCCGCCGUCUGCGUUUUCGUGAACGACGAGCUCAAUGCCGAUGUCCUCGAAUCUCUGCAUGCCAGUGGUGCCCGAGCCAUCCUGCUACGCUGCGCCGGGUAUAACAACGUGGAUCUACAAGCGGCCCAGCGCCUCGGCCUCUUCGUAGCUAACGUGCCGUCAUACUCGCCUGAGGCCGUGGCUGAGUUCGCCGUGAGCCUGAUACAGACGCUGAACCGAAACACGCACCGGGCCUACAACCGUGUGCGCGAGGGCAACUUCAACCUCGAUGGCCUGCUGGGACGCACCCUUUACGGCAAGACGGUGGGUCUGGUCGGCACAGGCCGUAUCGGCGUCGCCUUCGCGCGCAUCAUGAACGGCUUUGGAUGUGAGCUACUAGCGUACGACCCUUUCGAAAGCGAAGAUUUCAAGAAGUACGGUAAAUACACCGACCUGGACACCCUGCUCUCGCAAAGCGACAUCGUGAGUCUGCACUGCCCCCUCACAGAAAAGACGCGGCACAUCAUCGACGAGAAAACGCUGCCCAAGAUGAAGAAGGACGCGGUCUUGGUCAACACCUCGCGCGGCGGCCUCAUCAAGACCAAAGCCGUCAUCGCCGCCCUCAAGAGCAAGCACCUCGGUGGCCUCGCCCUGGACGUGUAUGAGGGCGAGGGCUCGCUCUUCUACAACGACCACUCGGGCCACAUCAUCGAUGACGACGAGCUCAUGCGUCUGACCACUUUUCACAAUGUCCUCGUCUGCGGCCACCAGGCGUUCUUCACACAGGAGGCGCUGCGCGAGAUUGCUGAUGGCACGAUUAGGAACUUGAGUGAUUUUGUGCACAAGGUUAAGUGCAAGAAUGCGCUGGUGCAGGAUCAGGCUGGGUCGCCGUUGGUGAGGAGCGAUUCGGUGCCGAUUCGUAUUUGAGUGGUUGCCUGCUAUCCAGGUAUCUAGCUGGAUACUUGGGGUGUGAGAUUACAGAUGCUAGGUAUCGAUGCGAGGGGUAGUUAUAGACACCUAAAUUUAAAAUAAAAGGGGUUCGUAGUGGCUUGGGAAGCACCGCACCUACGUAGGUAGGUGAAUUAGGUAGAUGAAUCAAUGAUUUGGCUGGUACCAAAAUAGCAUUCAGAUACAGAUUUAUGAACACCUAGGUUAGGUACCUAGUCGAUACCAUGCUCGUUAAUAAAGUCCAAGGAAGAUUUCCGUGUUCUUAAUGCUGCCUACCUACCUACCUAUUUGAACUAUGAUUCCUUUCAACUGCUAUCUGCUAUGCUAGGUAUACAGAAAUAUAUAGUAUCUCUACCUAAACAAACACCA